AUGUUAGCACUUUUCAUGAUCAUCUGCUUAUUGUCCGUUUCCCAGGCUGCUCCGGGUAAUGAGACAAACGAGUUACCAACUAAUGUUUCAAAAGCCGCAAAAAAGCAAGCCGGGGAGUCAGCAUCCGCCGAAAAGAACAUGAUCGAAGAUGUAAAAAAGGAACUGGACAAAGCGGUAAAAAAUCUCAACAACUCCGUCGUCGACAACAACCAGAAAGUGACCAGUGCCAUCACGGAGGUUGCAGGGAGCCUGACAUGCACACCAGUGGACUGUAACAAUCGAGGAACAUGCGUCGGCACAAAGGCGGCCCACAUUUGUGCUUGCAAUCUGGGUUUUUCCGGCAGUAGCUGCGAAGAGACGGUAUGCGAUUCGAACCGCGAAUGCAACGGACGCGGGAUCUGUUUCGGGACGACGUCGUCGUUCACGUGUCUCUGCAACCUCGGCUACAGCGGGACUCGUUGCGAAAUAAUUCAGCAAACUCCUUAAAUGAGCGGCUCGGCUUUGUAAACGUGAAUUUCUCAGUUGUGUAGAUAAGACUUCAUUGUUUUAUUAUUUCAUGGUAACAUAUCUGAU